AUGGCCGUGCUGGAGAUGCUGGUGCUGGUGCUGAGCGCCCUGCAGAUGUGCUGGGCUGUGCCACCCCAGGAGCCAGGGCAGCACCUCAGGGAGCUGUGGGUCUGGGGGGCGGCAGAGCAGGCACGGGCUGAGCCCCCCGCCCUGUCCCGCAGGAGGAGGGAUGGCAGGGGGCAGCAGCCCGGGGUCACCGCUGCCACCACGAUGCCCAGCAGCUUUGAUGAUUCCCCUGAGCCCGACCCGUUGCUGGGAUCUGCACCACCUCCUGGCACCAACACCAGCCUGCCCCGGGCACUCGUGGUGCCAACUAGAGAUGCUCCCUGGGAUGAGACUGAUUCCCCGGAUCCCGACCUGCUGCUGAGCCCUUCAUCACCACCAGCCCCCACCAACACCAGCCUGCACCAGGCAGUGCCUAACACAGAGGGUCCCCAAGAUGAGACUGAUUCCCCGGAUCCUGACCUGCUGCUGAGCUUUUCAUCACCAGCAGCCCCCACCCAAGCCAGCCUGCACCAGGCACUGGCAGUGCCAAACACAGCGGGUCCCCAGGACGAGACUGAUUCCCCGGAUCCCGACCUGCUGCUGAGCUCUGUGCCACCCCCGGCUCCUGGCACCAACACCAGCCUGGGCCAGGCACUCGUGGAGUACAUGCUGCUGGUGGUGGUGGUGGGCUCGCUGGCCUUCGUCCUCCUCUUCAUCGUCUGCACGGCCGUCAUCGUCCGGCAGAAGCACAAGGCGUCCGCCUACUACCCCUCCUCCUUCCCCAAGAAGAAGUACGUGGACCAGCAGGACAAGGUGGGGGGGCCCAAGGAUUUCACCGAGGUGCCCGGAAAAGCCCCCGACCCUGAUGCUGAGGAGACCCUGAACUGCAACCAGCAGCUGAAGGCAGACAUCCUCGCCGCCGCCCAGAGCCUCAAAUCGCCCCCCAAGGCCAACGGGGCCCGGGAGGAGCAGAAACCGCCCCCCGAGGAAGACAAAGAGGAAGGAAGCAAAACACUAGGGGAAGAGCAACCCGCCGAGCCCCCUCCCCAGGAUCCUGGCACCGAGCAAGUGGCAGAUACAACCGGAACGAAGAGCGAGGGGACCCCCAGCGCAGCCCAUGACAGCCCCCCUGGACCCCCUGGCAUCUAG